ACAGCUUCAACAACCAGAUCACCAUCAGCAACAAAAUCAACCAGAUCACCAUCAGCAUCAAAAUCAACCAGAUCACCAUCUACAUCCUCGUCAAGGUUGGAUGAUUAUGAGAAAGAAGGUAGUGAAGUAGAUAUUACAGAGGAAGAAGAGAAAGAAGUAGAAUCAGUUGAUGAUGAUAAUAAUAAAGGAAAUGAAAGUGAUAAUAUAUAUUGUAUGCUUUGUAGUAGUAAUACCAAAGGAUUCGGUUGUGAAUGUAAGGAUACUGCAAAUUAUAUUUUAAAGAAUUUAGAUAUGUAUGAUGAACAUGAAGCUAAAAAGCAUGCAUCAGAUAAAUCAACACAAUUUUCAAAAGAAAUCUCAAAAUUAACUAGAAAAUUGAGAACUAAAGAUCCUAAUAUGUUUAAUAAGAACAAGAUUGUUUUUCAAGAUUUAUCAAAAAAACAUACAUGGGAUAAAUAUGAAUUACAUUUACCUGGUUUAGCACCUGGAAAAUAUAAUAAUGAAAGGGAUGUUGAAUUAAAUAAGAAAUUAAUAGAUUUAGAAGAUGGUUUUACAGAUACUCAAUAUAUACGUAAAUUAUAUUCUUUAAUUAAUGAAAAUGAAAAAGAAAAAUUUGAUGAUAUAAAAAGAGAGCUAUUAUGUUAUUGUGCAAGUAAAAAUAAAUCACUUCAUCGUACCACUAAAGAAUCUGAACAAGCAUGGAAAUAUACUGAAAAAUUAAUUAAAUUAUAUUAUAAUGAUUUUGAUAAGCAUUUUGAAAAAGUAUUUUUAAUAUGGUUAGCAUUAAGUGAAGGAUUUGAUGUUUUUGAAUAUAAGAUGCUUAUAGCAGCUAAUAGAUUAUUAUGGAGAAAAUUAUCAGACAAAGUUAAAGAAGAAAGUAAAGUCAUGAUUCAAGAUUAA